AGGGGAGCGCCUGUUUACCCAGGAGGGCUGUGCUGAUAGCACGUUCCUCGAGUUUACUUUGCUUUCCUUGAGUUUAUUGUAAAGGGGUAAAGUUUUCGGAUCUGUCACGUGACCCUGACAGGUCCUGCCUAUGGCGCGGCAGACCACCCACGCCGAGGGCCAUGGAACUGCUUAAUAGAAACAGGCUUGUAAUUGUGAGUCCGCGCUGCACUCCGCCGAAAGCCUCCGGCGGCCCAGCGCGCCGGGGUUUUUACACUUUCCGUUCCUUUUGUAAAGACGGAGGAGGAGGAGAAGACGAAGACGAAGACGAAGAAAAAGACGACAGGGAAGACAAAGAGACCCGCAGCGACAAGGCUAGGGGGAGACGAGGGAAGACGGGGAGAAGACGGAGGAGCGGAGGACCAGGAAAGGGGGGCGAGGGGAAAAAAGGAAUUGAUGUGAAAUCCAAGCCCAGCGUCCGCGCCAUCGGCACCCGCGCUCCGGGCAGGGCUUGACGGCCGGCUAUGGUGAGUGCAGCCGGCGCGGCCGCCGCC